CAUUAGUCUGACCCUCGUCACCACCCCAUGUCUGAUUGCUAAAGCAAUUCCCAUUCCUCGCUGCAGGCUCAGUGUCUCCUGGUAGCAGUGAUGGGAGCUCUGUCUCUGCUGGUGCUGAGCUUGCUCUGUGUGUGGGGCGCUGUGUUGAGCGCUGAGGAUACAUCUGAUGGAUACAAGGCUCCUGAAUUCUGUCGCAAAUCCGAAUGUCCCAAGUAUCAACUGGUGAAAAAAUAUGACACAUUUGAACUAAGAGCUUAUGAAGCAACCAAAUGGAUAACCACGCCACUGGAAGUGGACGUGUUUGGCCUUGGAAUAUAUAAAAGCUUCAGACGUCUAUCUGAUUAUAUCAAUGGAGAGAACUCAGAAGGUUUAACAAUUAAGAUGACUGUCCCUGUGCGGAUUUAUAUUCCAUUUAUAACGCCUCCAGCUAAGAAUGCCACUAUGUCUCUAUUUGUGCCAUCUGCACUGGAAAAUCCACCACUUCCAAAGAGCACAGACGUUCACCUUGAAAGUUUUCCACCAAUCUCAGUUUAUGUAAAGUCUUUUGGUGGCUAUGCACUGAACUCAGACUUUGAGAAAAAAGCUAAAAUAUUGUCAAAAGAGCUGACAGAUCUGGCCUUACAGUUUGAUAAUACCUUUGGUACAGCGGCUGCCUAUAAUGAUCCACUUACAUUUUUUAAAAGACACAAUGAAGUGUGGUUCACAGCUCAAUAAAGAAAACUCAAUCCAUUGUAUCUUACAUCCAAGCCAAGCAGUUAGAGGACGUAUCAUCCGAACAAUGUUUGGGACCGAAUACACAAAUAUUACCAAAACGAGCGAACGCACUUUAAUGUUAUAAUA